GUGGACCAUGUGGCCCAGGCAAGCUUUCAGGUCGAUGCUUUUGGACAAAAAUUAAUUUUGGACGUGGACUUGAAUCGAGACCUGCUGUCUUCAGAGUACGAGGAGAGACAUGUGACAGAAACUGGGCAGACUGUCGUCACCAGUGGAGGAGAGCACUGCUACUACCAGGGAGAGGUCCGACAUGUUCCUGAGUCCUUCGUGGCUCUGUCAACCUGUCACGGACUGAGUGGAAUGUUUUUCGAUGGAAAUCACACCUACAUGAUUGAACCUGGAGGACAAGACAGCGACGCUGAGGACGCUCACAUUCACAUGAUAUACAAAUCUGCUGGACCUGAGGGACUGRGGGAUCUCUUUGGUGGUGAUUUACCAGAACCUCCGUUUCCCAGCCCUCCUUUCCCUGGAUCAAAAGUUGUUCACUGGAGAAAAAAGAGACACGCUACCAGACUGUCCCCAAGUGUAGAAGAUGAGACCAAAUACAUUGAGCUGAUGGUGAUCAAUGACCACAUCAUGUACAAGAAGCAUCGUCUUUCCGUCGGACACACAAAUAACAACGCUAAGACCGUGGUCAAUAUGGCUGACGUGAUAUUCAGGGAGCAGCUCAACACUCGGAUCGUGCUCGUUGCGAUGGAAACCUGGUCAGUGGACAACAAGUUCAACAUUGAUGAUGACCCCAUGGUGACGCUCAAAGAGUUCAUGAAGUACAGGAAGGACUUCAUCAAGGAGAAAUGUGACUCGGUUCACCUCUUCUCAGGGAAUCGCUUUCAUAGCAGCAGGGGUGGAGCCUCCUACAUGGGAGGAGUUUGCUCUCUUACCAAAGGAGGAGGCGUCAAUGAGUAUGGAAAAACACAUGAGAUGGCGAUAACCCUGGCUCAGUCUCUUGGUCAAAAUAUUGGUAUUUUUUCUGACAAGAAGAGGAUCCUCAACGGUGAAUGUAAGUGUGAUGAUCGGUGGAACGGUUGCAUCAUGGAUGAUGUUGGUUUCUACCUGCCCAAGAAGUUUUCUGACUGCAACGUGGAGGAAUAUCACAACUUCCUGUACAGUGGAGGCGGAGCCUGUUUGUUCAACAAACCUCUGAAGCUGCUGGACCCUUCAGAGUGUGGUAACGGCUUCGUUGAGCCAGGAGAGGAGUGUGACUGUGGCAGUCCAGCUGAAUGUGCCAAAGAAGGAGAGAGCUGCUGUAAGAACUGCACUCUGACCAAAGGCUCCAACUGUAGCAACGGUCUCUGCUGCAAGAACUGUCAGAUGGAGCUGAUGGGAGUUGUGUGCAGAGAUGCAGUCAAUGACUGUGACAUCCCAGAAAACUGCCUGGGCAACUCCAGCCAGGGAUGUUCAUUGUGGCUAUCUGUUGUGCUCCAACAUCUCACCUGCUCCACGGCUCGGGGAGCUGCAGGGAGGACUCACAUCUUUCUCAGUGGCCCAGCACAGCGCCUCUCUGGACUGCAGUGGUGGCCACGUGCUGAUCGAUGGAGACACUGACCUGGGAUACGUGGAGGACGGGACGGCCUGUGGAACAGACAGCAUCUGCUUCAACCACAAGUGUCUCCCAGUCCAACAGUUCAACUUCAGCACCUGCCCCGGGACCACCGACAAGACCGUGUGCUCCGGACAGGGG